AUGGUCCCACCUCGAUUCCAACCGCUGUCUCCACCGCACUGCUUCCGAGCGCAGCCGCUUGCGCAACGCCAAUCAAUACGUUCACGAGCUUCCUCAGCGACUUCGAAUGGGCUGGACUCGAACCAGAUACAUUUUCUUUUUAACAAACGUGGAAGUCAUAGCAGUAUAACGACGUCAAGUAGCCAAGAAACCUCCUCUCCCACGAGUACUACUUCAUCGCAUUCUGCACAAAUGGAACAAAUCAUCAAGAAGAGCAAAGUGAUCAUGGUAACUCCACAUACGGGUCGAGGAUCGCUGCAGAUCGAUCGAAAAGACUUCUCAGAGCGGUUCGGUGCCGUGGAAGACACAGAGGGAGUCCAGCUCUGUUCACAGAGACCGCUCGCCAAACAACUUACUGCACCCAGUUUGCCACUCGCAACAAAGUUGCUCUACGUUGGAGAAGUUGUUUGGCAGAUUGAUGAUAUCGUGUAUGUGGGAUCACAGGAUGCAGUAGCGAACAUGAAUCUACUCUGUCGGCUGAAUAUUGAAUUCGUUUGCGAUUUGUGCAAUGAAGAUGGCGAAGAGGCCAACAGGAGGCGUUACGAUUGUCCCUGCUUAUGUCCUCGAAGAUCUCAACACUUUCGUUACUUUGUCGCUAUGGAUGUGCCUGAAACCGAAAAGAAAUGCAUAGAUUCUAAAGUGAACAUGACUGUGCUGUUUGAUCAGUUUUGCGAUCUCGUCGAGCGAGGAAGGAAGGCAGGGAAAUCCGUUCUUGUUUGUAGUGCAAAAGGAAGGAACAGAGCCCCUGCGUUCUGUGCAGCGUAUCUGAUAAGCAAAGAGAGGAUGAGCCGUCAGCAAGCAGUCGCAAAGGUUCUUGAACAGAUGAGCACUAUGCGACCAGCUCCGAACAUUUCGGAUUUCAUGCAAAGGGCCCUGAUGAGGUACCAAUCGUCGAAGGGAAUCCAGGGGGUGCACGACACUUCGCACACCAUCCCUUUGUUCAGCAUUAAAAGAACUGCAUGGACGUAA